UGACAUUUUGGGGACGGAGGAUCCCUCUACGGUAUUAUAGCAUACCAGUGCCGGACCACAACGGGCCAUGGCCCAAAUUAUUUCCCCACACACCCCCCCAGGCCCCCAACCAAAAAAAAAGGGAAGUCCAAAUGAUACAACCCACAAGUUCACCCUCCGGGUCAAGAGCGUCGUCCUCAUCGCAGUAGAGUAAGAGCUUUUCCAUCGCAUCGCCAUCUUCAGUCCUGCAUUCUUAAUUCUUCAGUUCAGUCUUCACCCUGUCAGCUGUCAACGGUGUAGAAAUUGGGCGUUACCGUUAAUCUUAGCAGGUAAGUGUAACGGUGAAAAGCCUAAUAGUGAAGCUAAUUAAUGGCAACGCUCUGCACAUCUCUUUCGAACCAAGCACCACCUCCAAAUUUUCAUCUCUCGUCCCUCGGAACCAUUUCGGGUCGGACCCAUGUUCAAUUUUUACCCGCCGCCACCCUCACCACCAGAUUAUCUUUACUCUCUCUCACAACCACACGCCAUCCCUUCAGAACGACGACGAUUAGGAUGGGUGGUGGGCCCCGAACAUACCCAGGAGGCGUUUCAAAGUGGCAGUGGAAGCGAAUGCAGGCCAAGAAAGCUAAGCAGCUCCUCAAGGCCCGCUUGGCCCGCGAACGCCAAAUCUAUGAGAUGCGAAAGCGGGCCGAACUCAAAGCCGCCGUUUCCGAGCUCGAGAGACCUUGGGAGGUUGUCGAGAAACCUCCUACUUUGUUCUCCGUCACCGCUGAUGAGCAGUUGAAGGUAUUGGCUGAUCGUUUCCAGAAACCCGGUGGGUUCGAUAUGUGGUCUGAUAGAGAUGGCCCGGAACUGUUCAAAUCCCACGACGGGCUUCCCUCAUCUCGGUUUUUCCCUAAAGGGGUCGUUCAUAGCGUCAAGCCUUAUGGGAAAAUUGAGAAUUUAGAUGACAUGUCUGAUGAUGAGUUGUGGGGCGGGAAUUCCGAUUUUGACUUGGGUCGGGGCUCCGCGGACGAAGGUGAUCAUGAAACGGCACUUCUUGAGCACGGGAUUAAUGGCAAACAUGCUAAGAAGAGGAGAAAUGGGGCGAACGGGGAAAAGAACUUGAAUAAUCUGUCCAAUGAGGGCUACAGCGGGAAGAAUUGGAGAAGUAAGCUUGGAAAGAAUCAUAAUGGAAAUGUCAACUUUGGUGAUUCAACAAAAGUUGGACAGGUUAGGGGGGGUUCUUGGACAGAUCGUGGAAUGAGCUCCAACUGUAAAGACAGUAGGAGGAGGCCUAAUGGUAGGGAGAAAGUUAAAGAUUCAGAAUCAGCGGUCUUUGAUUUGUCUAUGCAGAAAGAUGGAAUUUACGGGAUACAGCAAGAGAACAGACCGUGAACAGUUAUGUUACCAUAAUUCAGUUGAAAAAGUAGUAGAUUCUAGCUGCAUUUCCAUGGGUGGAUAUUAAAGGGGAUGCGUUAAUGGGAGGAAAUGUUCAACAAAAUCAUGAUUCGCCUGGGGGCAAUGGAAAAGAAAAGCGCUGACUUUCUGGUGCUUUUACUGCUCGUUCUUCUGAUCGUUAAGUUGUUUUAAGUUGGUAUGAAAGGUCAAUUUGAUCCCAAGGUCCGGAGAUGGCCAGAUUUAGGCCCUGUUUGGUUCCAAGAAAGCAGUGAGGAAAGGAAAGCGAGGAAAUGGAAAGUGAUUCCUUUGAAAAUCCUAAUUCUUUCUCUUGUUUGGUCAAUGAAGGAAAGCGGUCGGGAAAUGGAAACCAAUUCCAAAGAAAGUAAUUCCUUUGUUUGGAUUAUGGAUUGUUUGAAGGAAAUGGAAAUUAAAAAAAGAAAAAGUAUUCCAAGUAAGGAAUGAGCAAGAUACAAAGUUCAUGAAUCUCUAAAUUGUAAAAUCCUACACAAAUUUAGCGACAAUGAGAAUUAGUUGUGCCACACAUUUUUUAGGACUUGAGAAUGUGAUGGAUUAGGAAAACAGCUCUACAGAGGUUGAGCGCAGCAAGUAUAAGGCCACGGAUUUAAUAAAUGGAGAACAUUUUGCCUGUUAUGGUGAACCACUUACACCUGGUAUACUGCAGCGGCAUGUGUCUUGGUGCUCUGUUGAGGGCCACUGUAUUUGCUUCUUUGCUGGGCCAAUGGGUGACAUAUAUCAUAUGGUUAUUACUGAAACACUCAAGAUCAUCUCAACCUUCUAAAAGCAUGUAUAGUUUACGCAUCCUUUCUGCUAGGGAAGUCAUAAUAUCUCGUGAUUACGUGUUUAGACAUUGGUCAAUUCCCCGUCUAUACAAUUUAAACUGGGACAAUGUGCUCGCUGCAUUUUCAUUAUGGUUGUCAUGAAGCAAUGAUUUAUAGAAUCAGAAAUUGUGUCCUUCUUUUUGGGUUAUUGAUACGCGAGUUAAACCUUUAUGGCAAGUAUCUUCAUGCAAUGAAUAUUUAUGUGUAAAUAGUUGAACAAUUGUACGGAUCAUU